AGUAGUACGUACGACGUCAGCGUGGACGUUCGACGUUUCCUCUCAAAUCUCCUCGCUUCCUUUGCCGUGUUUUUCGCCCUUUCCGUCCUUAAACUUGUUAUCAUCAACGCAUCGAUUUGGACCUACAUUGACCAGAAAUCUGUAGUGUUAUAUCUUGUGAAUAUUAUUUCUGAUGUUAAUAAUAUUAUUACUAUACGUACCACUUGGAGUUCUGUGUUGAUUGUGUCGAGACACCGUGCUUUCAUUAGACUUUUGAAUGAUCGGGUGGUGAUACGCUUCCGCCUUGAACGUGUACUCAACCAGUACGGAAAACACGGAAAGAAUAUCGGUGUGUAGUGAAUUAAUUGUGAGACGCAUACAGGUGGAUCGGAUUCUUCCCUGUUCGACUAAUUUCGGAACUUUUCCGCAGACGCAAGGAGACUUUUUCACGGACAAUGGGAACAAAGAAGAACAAUUUCGCGGCGGUCUUUGUGCUUCACAUCCUGAUGCACACGACGAUUCAAUCCAUUUCGUCGCGCGGCAACAGCGAAAAUUCUUCGAAGAGAAACAGUUUGCUGAACGAUGCAACCAUGCUUCUGCGAUGGACAUCUCCACCGAGCUAUGAAUGCCUCUUCGUGGAUCCGGAUCUACCCAUCUGUGAUGUGAAAUGGAUGCUCGAUUCAGCGGAGGAUUCAACGAGCAGUGAAGAUUCGUACAACAUCGACGUUGUGCAUCGUUCGAGAAGAAACGUCGACGUUUCCGCGAUGGACGUCAUAGUUUAUACUUUCGAGGGUUGUUUACCAUCCAGGAUUCCCUUUUCGAUGCCUUCCUGCGAGGGGAUUUCCCUGGACAGAAUCAUAGAUGUACAGAAAUUCCGUCCCUUUGCCGUAAAGGGAGUGACAAAGCCACCGUUCGUGUUUCCGAAAUUCAAUUACCCCCAAUGGCUGCGCAUGAUGACGCGGUUGCGGAAUCAUGUCUCGUCGAAGAUACGAGAUGAACAGCAGCAUACUAGCGUUUCCGAGGAAGCUUUUGUUGACGAUUCAGCUCAGGAUCGUAAAGAGGAGCUGAUGAACGCAGCAAUGAUGAAACAAAUGAUACCGAACAUGAUUGCUGUCAGUAUAAAAGACUCAAACGGGUCAUCGCUCAUCUCUAGCGAUUCCAAAUCCGCAAAGCUAACUGGUCAAAUUCUGGGGACAGUCGAGGGCGAGUUAAAUGCCAGAGGAAUUGUACCGCAAGCUCGUUUCCCUUCUGAAAGUACAACAGAUCCUCCGAGUCUGCAAUCCCGUGAUCAGAUGAGCUCUAUGAAAUUGCGAUCUAACGAAUACCAUGAUCAUUCUAGACUUAACAUUGCCACGAAAGAACUGUAUCCCAGCACUACUAUUCCAGCAGGUCCAGAAAUUCCGGCAAUUCCAAACGAUCGAUACACGUAUGAUCAAAUGGCGAUAGAGAAACCUUUAAAUAAGCUUCUAAGAUAUUAUCGUUUGAAGAAACUCUUAGAAUUGCCACCCGUCGAGCAGAUAAAUAUAACCGAGGACGAAAUUGAUGAUGAUUAUCCGUUCAAAAAAGGCUUUGUAGAUAUGUAUAGAAGAAAGAGAGAGAUAGGGUUAUCUGCUGCGGCUCAGGCAAUUGCUGAGGACUCGAAGGCACGUGGAAUUGUCGGGAAAUCGGUCGCGCGACGAAUUCGACUGGGUGAAGAGAAUUCUAGUUCCAAAACGAACCAAUUCGCUUGCAAAAAGCAGAAGAAGCAGCCGAAAUAUUUGAAGAUCGUUGAGCAAGGAAUUGCAGCCAGUAAGGGCGUUCAGAAAACUUCAAUUCCGCGUGACAGUAAAAUGUCUUACGAAAAGCUCAAUGCAUUCGAUGACUCAAAGGUGACGUGGCGAAAAACCGUAUUGAGAGAAACGACGUUGAAGAAAUAUCGAAAACACAUGGAGUUGCCGUCGUUCAGGAGCCAGUAAUGAAUGAAAGUUGACGCUUCGAUCGAGAGACUAGGUUAGAACGAUGCAUUGCGCGGAAGAAUGAAAUGUAGAAAUAAGAAGAAAUUAUGACAAUUCCAAUUCUCGAAGAACAAUUUUAAAGAAGCUCUAAUCCUGUCCUAACGAGGAAUAAGGAAGCGCGAAUAAUUGAAAAAUCACGUGGAAUAGUCAUCAAAAGGUUUUUCAAUAAUUUUGUUGAAUUCUGGAACAAGUUUCGUUUCUUUCUCCGUUUUGUUUUCGUAUGUUAAUGACAUCUCUCAUUUUGUUAAGACGGAUGUGAUACUUCGACGAACGACUAUAAAAUCCCUAGGAUGAAUUUGCUAGGCUUGGCGAUUAAAAUCGCUGUAAUUCGUACAUCUUGUUAUUCCAUCGGCACUUUGAACGAGCACUACGUGAUUCAAAAUCAAGCACUCGACGCUUUCUCAGCCAAAGUAUUCGCAGUUCCUUACGCGGGAACUAAUGUAACGUUCAAGUUGUUUGACAUCGUGGAACGACAGUGUGUUUAUAAGAAAUACAAGUGGAAAACGAUGUUUUCUGCUGAAAUAUUCAAUUUUAUCACUGCAUUUGAAGGAUAAGUUGAGACUGUAUAUAAAAUUUGUCAUUUUGAUCUACAAAUAUACAUAGAGUCACGUUCAAAUCGAACAUUAUGGAUGUCUAAUAAAACUGCGCAAAUAAAUGGACUGAGCAUGAUUUAAUUUUUCGCAUGUAAAAAAUAUCGAGGAUACUUCUAAGAUAAUUACAUAAUAACUGUAAUCAUAGAGUUUAUCUGGGUGUAAAUUACGAUUACGUAAACUGAACGAUAUACAAUUCUAUUAAAAAAAAGGAAUAAU